AUGUCGGCGCAAAAGGAAAGUGUUUCGGUUUGUGCGGCGCAUCAUGAGGUUGCAGAGACCAGCCAGGCGAACAGAUUGGAGGUUCAUACCCAGAUCGCGGCCUAUGAAGAACGGAAAAUCGACCUGCGGACGAUCAUGGCUAUAGCGGGUGUGUCAUCGGUUGCCAGUCUGUCUUCCCGUAAUGACAAGAUCAUUGUUGCAAUGCUCACAAACGAACAGAGCGAAGACGAUCACGACAGUCAUUGCGGGUUUGGCGGUAACGGGAUUGUCGCCAAUGGCCUUGCUCUGGUACUGGUUGCAAUUUUCUACUGGCCUCCUAGCUUUAUCGGUCUCCACCCCGAGGGCAUAACCCGAAUGCAACAAUUUCAGGAGUUGGAUUUCAUCGGUCUUCUUCUCUUCAGUGGUGGCCUUAACAGUUUUUUGAUAGCUAUAUCAUGGAGCAACAAUCCUUAUUCCUGGCGAAGUGUCGAGGUCCUCGCCCCUUUGUCAUUGGGAGAGGUUCAACCGCUCUUUGCCAGCGACCCCAACAGAAUCGGAUGGUUCAGUGUGGCUUAUAACACACCCGUGACGCUGGGUGGCGCUGCAGCAGCAUUUUCAUUCAACACAUUCGGCCAUACAAGAUUCCAUUUCUUCAUUGUGACUCUGCUGCACGCUGUUUUCACUGCAUCCGUAGCAUCCAUCACUCAACACAUUCCAGCCCAGGCGAUUGUCCUGGUCGUCCUUGCUGCUUUGUUUGUCGGUGCCACAUAUAUGCUCAAGAUACUAAUGCUACAAUUCGGUGCCCCAGACACACAUAUUGGGCUUACAACUGGUUUGAUGUGCUCAACCACGGCUACCGGUGGCGCAAUUGCUCUAGCUGUCAAUAGCACGAUCAUCCGCGACCAAACGAGCAUUUUGGCACCUGCCGUCGCAGAGGCAGCAGUUCAGGCUGGUCUUUCCACUUCAGAAAUCGCAGUGGCCUUUCUUUCCCAUUCCGCUACGUCACUUGAAGCAAUCAGAGGUCUCCCUCUGGCUAUCCUUGUUGUGGCUGAUGACGCUAGCAAUACGAUCUAUUCUCAAGCUUUCAGGCUUGUCUACUUGGUGACGAUUGCCUUUGGAGUACCAGCAUGCAUCGCCGCUUUCUUUAUUCGUAGCGUCAGGGUUCUCAACGAGCUGAGACGAUUUUGGCAAGACUGA